GUGGUGGUGGCCAUAGAAGAAUGCUAGCUUGUUUGAGGACGGAUAGGUCUGCCAAAAUCAAUGCCAAUGAAUGUUAAGCAAUUUGCAUCAGAAACUAUGUUGUUCUUCCAAAAAUCAUGUUCUUAACGUGCUUUUGAGGCAUUCACCUUGAACUUCAACGUAUCCUACAACACUAUGCAACUGUGACUGUUUUUCAGGAAGGAGUUUCCAGACAAUUCUUUUGGUUAGCUAGCUGUGUUCAGCUUCGCAUGGAGCUCUCACUCUCUCCAACUCCACAUCGGGUUCCUUCCACAAUUCCCUAUUUGAAUUCAGCUAGACUGUGCACUAAGGCCACACUUAGAUUUUCCAGUCACUUCCACUCAAUUGGGUUGCAACAUCAUCAACACAGAUGCUGCUCAAUUCCGGUUUCCAAGAGACCGCAGAGACCCAGUUCCAUAAGGGCUUGCACUGGAGUUGGAGCUGCUGGAUCUGAUCGUCCAUUAGUUGAAAGACUUUUAGAUUUGAAAGAUGCUUGCUGGAGAUUUUUAAGGCCACAUACUAUACGUGGUACAGCACUAGGCUCAUUUGCUUUGGUGGCAAGAGCAUUGAUUGAGCACACAAAUUUGAUAAAGUGGUCUCUUUUGUUCAAAGCUUUCUCUGGUCUUUUUGCCCUGAUUUGCGGAAAUGGUUAUAUAGUUGGCAUCAAUCAAAUCUAUGACAUUAGCAUUGACAAGGUAAACAAACCUUAUUUACCUAUAGCUGCCGGAGAUCUUUCUGUCCAAUCUGCAUGGUUCUUGGUUAUAUUUUUUGCAGUAGCUGGGCUGUUGAUUGUGGGGUUCAACUUUGGGCCCUUCAUUUUAUCUCUUUACACACUUGGCCUUUUCUUGGGUACCAUCUAUUCCGUUCCUCCAUUUAGAAUGAAACGCUUUCCUGUUGCUGCAUUUCUUAUAAUUGCUACGGUACGAGGGUUUCUCCUUAACUUCGGUGUCUACUAUGCCACCAGAGCUGCCCUUGGACUUGCAUUUGAAUGGAGCUCUCCUGUGGUUUUCAUCACAACCUUUGUAACAUUUUUCGCAUUGGUAAUUGCUAUAACAAAAGAUCUUCCUGAUGUUGAAGGAGAUCGCAAGUAUCAAAUAUCAACCUUUGCUACAAAAUUAGGAGUUCGGAACAUUGCUUUCCUAGGUUCUGGAAUUUUGCUGAUGAACUAUAUUGUUUCAGUAUUGGCAGCAGUUUACAUGCCCCAGGAUUUCAGGAGUUGGUUGCUCAUACCAGCUCAUAUGACUUUUGCAAUAAGCUUGAUUUACCAGGCACGGGUACUAGAACAAGCAAAUUAUACCAAGGAUGCAAUAUCAGGAUUCUAUCGAUUCAUAUGGAAUCUGUUCUAUGCUGAGUAUGCAAUAUUUCCUUUCAUAUAGGAAACAUCGCUAUGUUUUUCCUUG